AUGAUCAAGAUAAAGGUAGAGUUUCUCGGCGGCCUCGACGUGAUUUCUGGAAAAGUCAGAGAGCAUCGCUUGUCUCUUCCUUUAGAAGAGGGCGAGGCCACCAUGAAAGACGUCAUUGACCAUAUCACCAAAACGAUCAUCGAGCACGAGAAAGACAUUCCUGUCUUUAUUGAGGAAGGAACGGUCAGACCAGGCAUUUUGGUGUUGAUCAACGAUACUGACUGGGAGCUUGAGGAUAAGGAGGACUAUGUUGUGGAGUCUGGCGAUGUGUUUACGUUUACGCAGUGUGAUCAGGGUGGAGAAGCUGAAGAGAAUGAUGAAGAAGCUGAAGAGAAUGAUGAAGAAGCUGAAGAGAAUGAUGAAAUUCUUUUCAAUGAAAUGGUGGUUUUGGAGGAAUUUGAAGAACAACGUUUUGCUGAUCUGCUUCGAAGGGCCAACGGUUGA